AUGCGCGAAUACAAGCAACUGAAACGCGCCUCCGCGAAGCUGCAACAGCAGCCGUCCGGUGACGACCGGGAACGGCUUCAACGGUUGAUCGACGAGGAGAAACGGAAACUGGCCGAGUUCCAGCGACGCCCUCGACAGCAGAACGAACGGUGCGCCGCGACGCCGAGCGGAACGUACGAGAUCCCGUCGGACUCGCCGACUAGAUGCCCGACGCCGUCGCCGGCCCGAAACCGGGAAUCGGCCUGCGCCUCCACGUCGACGCAGCCCCGCCAGCGACGCAAAUUGAGCUACCAGCCGCCGUCGCCCGACACCGACACCGAAGACGAAUGUCCCGCGCAGCCCCAGAGACGACGGUUACUAGUGGUACCACCGUCGCCGAGCGACAGCAGCGACGACGCUAACGAAUGCGGUUGCUAA